AUGAACAAACAGUCCGCCAAUACGGCACCAAACACCUCAUACGAACACGAGCAGAUCUCGGAAUCCGAAACCGACCUUCUCAUUCCUUAUGUCUCCGACGGAGAAGAAGAAGAAGAAGAAGAAGAAGAAGAGGAAGUCUCCGACAACGAACCUGGUCCCUUCGGCCACUGCUGGCACUGCGACGCCCCAUUACCUCUGCCCACCUCAGAUGAAACCAACGUCAACUGUCUCGAAUGUCAGUUUCCGAACUAA